AUGACGUCUCCACACGUAAAAUUUCUUGAACGAACGGAUUCUCUCGAGUCUUUUGAAGGUAUAUUUGAGAACGAUGAGGAGACUAACGACGACGAUUUAGUGGAUACACGUGACGAGCACUCAGAGACCGGGUCUUAUAACGUGGCACCAGCGGAAGAACAUGAACGAAGAUGUGACCCAUCAACCCAAGGCGGAGACGCCACUGUUGAGACACCGUUACUAGAAGACAG